GGAAAUAUCAUCACUUUCUCGAUAUUACGCAUACCAACGGCUCUUAAGAAGACACGAAGAAAAAUAACGAAAAUACCAUACCCUGGAGGAAAAUAUCGACAUCGAGUGUCGGGACCAUCUUACUAUACAAAGCUCGGCAUACAAGUACCAUCCAUUGCCCCUCAUCCCCAAAUCCUCAUCGCAACGCAAGACCCCUCCAUCUCUUCCUUUACAACCCUUCACCACAUCCACAUCCACAACCUCAACGCCACCGGACUCCCACCACUUCCCCAAAACCUCCUCAAACAAUACACCACCAUGUCACCACCCCGCCGUCACUUCAACACAACCCCCCUCACCUCCACCGCCCACACACAAACACAAACACGAAUGCAACCAUCCCCUUCCACUUCCGCCGCCCAAACAAGCGCCACGCAGACACAGACUAUCACACCGGGCAGUAGUCGCGCGCCGGUGCUGCAUUUGAGGGGCUCGGAGGCGGUGCAGUUGGAGCAGCGGAGACAGGGACCGAGAAUUUCGUGGGCGGAGGAUGUGGUUGAUAAUGAAGGGCUGGGGAAGAAGAAGAGUAAAGGUAUUUUCCAUCCUUCCCCUCUUUCAUGUUCUUUUUUUGGCUGGUUUCGGGGUUGUGGGUUGUUUCUGAUCAUGGGAAGGGGGGAAAAGUGGUUUGCAAGAUAUAUGGGAUGGAUAGAGCUAAUGUAGACUCCUAGUAUGCUGUAUAUACCACGCCCCCCGCGGCAUCGACGAAUCCAGCGACGAGAGUUCGAGCGGGACUAGCAGCGAUGAAAGUGACAACGACGAUGGCUCGGCUAGACCUUCUCGUCGGGAGGCACCCAAGGGGAAGGGGAGGGAUUGUGGGCAUGGUUAUGAUCAUGGGAAGGGGAAGGGGAAAGGGAAGGAGAGGAAGAGGAGUCCCAAUGCGUAUGAGAAGAUGCCUAGACCUAGAGGUGGGGGUGGUGGGGGCGUUGUUGGGUAG